UGCUGUGGGUGUACGCGCGUGUUCCUCCGUGAGUUGCAGUGUGCGAGUCGGAGGAAGGCUUAGCCAGGGGGAGUCCAAAUCGGCGCUGCGCUCCCUCUGGAUUACCCUGGGAGGAGAUCGGAAGGACUGCUGCAGGUUUCCUGUUACCCUUCUCAGCAAACAUCCACACACCUCACCUGAGAGCUCACCUCUGUCGGGGGGUCUUGGUGACUUUUGAGGGUCCUUGCACUGUGGAUGUCUACUGGGCAUGGUAGCUUGGUCAUUGAAGCCAGAAGCGAGGGGGACGGUGGUGGCUCCGCACUGAGCAACAGGCACUGCGAGCAGGGCCUGGACCGGCCCCUCAUCAUGUGCACACGUCCAUACCCCAACUGCACGCUGCUUCCUGAGGAGGAAAGCCCAGGGGGCCGCGAUGGUGCGGAGUCGGACUUGGACAGUGCUGUGGACAGCGCACCUGGCUCAGACACCUCUGAGGGGGGCAGGCCUGGUGACAAGGAUGAUGGGAUUCGAGGGCUCUUCCUCCCCAGGGAAAACAACAGUGAAUGCAGUGACCCUGCUUGCAGGUGUGGUCAGACGAACCCCUCGCUGACCUCGGACCUUUCCACACGCUCCUCCGCCUCCCUGAAUGAGGAGCAGUUUGAGGACUAUGGGGUAGGAGAGGACGUGGAAUUCACUCCCAGCAGCCCGUGUCCCGACGACGAGACUCGCACCAAUGGGUACUCCGACCUGGGCUCCUCGGUCCCCUCCAGUGCUGGGCAAACGCCACGGAAGAUGAGGCAGCUGUACAACAGUGAGCUGAUGGAUGUGUACUGUUCCCAGUGCUGCAAGAAAGUCAACCUGCUCAAUGACCUGGAGGCACGUCUCAAGAACCUCAAAGCCAACAGUCCCAACAGGAAGAUAUCCAGCACUGCGUUUGGAAGGCAACUCUUCCACAACAGCAACCUAAGCAGCAGCAAUGGCAGCACGGAGGACCUGUUCCGAGACAGCAUUGACUCCUGUGAUGCCGACAUCACCGAGAAGGUUAGUUACCUGGAGAAGAAGGUAACGGAGCUAGAGAACGACAGCUUGAUGAACGGAGAUCUGAAGUCCAAGCUGAAGCAGGAGAACACACAGCUAGUUCACAGGGUCCAUGAGCUGGAAGAGCAGAUAAAGGAUCAGGAGGCACGGGCAGAGCAGACCAUGGAGGAGGAGCUGAGGAGACACCGUGAUGCUUACAGCAAGCUGGAGAGGGAGAAGAACACUCAGAUUGAGCUGCUCAGCAACAGGGUCCAGCAGCUGGAGGAGGAGAAUGGAGAGAUGAAGGUGAACAUGAGCCGGCUGAAGUCUCAAACAGAGAAGCUGGAUGAGGAGAAACAGCGAAUGACGGACAAGCUGGAAGACACCAGCCUGCGCCUGAAGGAUGAGAUGGACCUCUACAGAAAGAUGAUGGACAAGCUGAAGCAGAACCGACAUGAAUUCCAGAAGGAGCGUGAGGCCAUGCAGGAACUGAUAGAGGACCUGAGGCGAGAGCUGGAACACCUGCAGCUCUUCAAGCUGGAGACGGAGAGGCCGAGCCGCACCCGCAGCUCCACCUCCAGCGUGUCAGAGUUCAACGCCAAGACCCGAGAGACGGAACUGGAGCACGAGAUCAAGCGUCUCAAGCAGAGGCUCAGCCCCCAGGACUUUCCAUAUGAACUCCAGCACCUUGUGUCCGCUGGGGCACGGCUCCUUCCCAGUCUGAUGGAGAAUCAGAAGCUGCGGGAGCAGAACGAUGACCUGAAUGGCCAGAUCCUCAGCCUGAGCUUGCACGAGGCCAAGAAUCUCUUUGCUACUCAGACAAAAGCCCAGUCCUUGGCCGCAGAAAUUGACAAUGCAUCCCGUGAUGAGUUGAUGGAGGCCUUGAAGGAGCAGGAGGAGAUAAAUUUCCGCCUGAGGCAGUACAUGGACAAGAUCAUUUUGGCCAUCCUGGACCACAACCCCUCCAUCCUGGAAAUCAAGAAUUAGACUUGAUGCAGAGCUUGAAAGACAACAGGACCACGGUUGAGUAGACACCAGCCCCUGCAGCAUGGAGGGGAAAAACUGCACUGCUAUGACCACUGGAAAAGUUAUUUUGGGUUUACAAAGGGAGUUAUGGGACUUAACUGUUGUAAUCUGUGAAUUGAAAAAAAAAAAAAAAAAAGAUGUUAAUAUCUUUCAUGCACUUUUUCUAUUUUUGUUCCUUUUUGGUCAUAACCACUGCUGUACUCUAUAUAAAAAGGGGGAUUGACUUGACUGGAAAAAUAGUGUCUUGAUCAAUAGGAUUAUUUAUCUAUGUUUAAAAUUGAAUAUACGUACUACCUCUGGGUAUGUAACUGCUGCGUUUGGAUACCAGCAUUACAUUUAUAAAUUAAUAUGAAUUAAUUUUACAAAAAUGCAUAAAUACUGCACAGGCACAGUGACUGUAAGCAGUGGCUGUGCUGUGUGGAGGGAGGGAUUGUGAUUUGAAUGUCAUGCAAGUAGAAACCGAAGGUGAACUCGUAUGUGAACUUGUCUGCUGGUACCGGGUUCGAGGUGUACGGUGCAAAUCUGUCUGGUAUCGAAGUACCGCAUGUCAGUUAUCGAUAGGUCACCAUUGCUGUCGUGCUCGUGAAAGUCGAAAGGGUACAGGAGACGGAGAGGGUGCGGCGUUUGGAUGGGAAGACAUGGAUCAGGAGUGUGUACGAGGGUUGCGGGAGGCAUUGUGGCAUUAGAUGUGCAAAACGGAGCAAAGUGAGCCACUGGGACCAAAAAAAAAACACAAAUGUCCUUAGAUUAUCUUUCACUUGGAGCUUUGUUAGAUAAAGCCAGAGCACAAGUCCUGAGCUUUCAGCGGUGAACCGAAAGGAACAAAUGUUUCCGGAGUGAGAAAUAGGUGAGUGCUGUCAGUCAUACUACAGUGCUGAAUACACACUGUGCUUCCUUCUGACUGUUCACCUGGUUCACAUUUAUAUAACGGCCAUUCCCUUGUUGACCUUGAGGGCAUAUUUAGAAGUCAUGAAUGCUUGGGCUCACUGUAAUUUUUGUUGUUUGGACAAUACUGUGACAUGUAGGAGGAAUGUGAGUGGGCUUUCCUCAGGGACCGAGUGUUCUGAGAACAUCUUGUUUGGGAAGGAGUGUGUUCCACAUGUAACCACAUCUCAUCUCCCAGAAGCCAUGGGGGUGGAUGUGUUCAAUAAGAACCGGAGGUUACUUUGGGGUCUUUGGUGCGAACUGCAGAACGAAGACCAUGCUCAACAGCAAUGAGAGAUGGGGAGGAAAUGCCCACAAACCGGCGUUCACCAUCGGUUAUGUGGGAAGUGCUCUCUUCAGCAACGGGAUUUUGAACUCCUUUGAACAUGUCGUCUCUGGUUCUUUCAAGGAUUUCAUGCUUUAGAACAUUCAGUGCUGCAUUCUUAAUUGUCAUACUGUCUGUGAAAAUGUAUAUGGAAAAUGUUUUAUUGCUUUUUUUUUUCCCUCUUUUCUCGCUUGAAUGAGGGGAAGGCUCGGCUGUGAACGUUGCAAGGAGAUUUGUGACGUUUCAUCGGUGUAGGAAUUUCUCUUUUUAGAUGGGGGAAUACUUUGUAACAGUCAGACACUGGUAUGAGUAGUAGUUAUACAAGCAGAUGAAUGUAGAAAAGCUAAUGUAACUGUAUAAAAUGAUAGAUGCAUAUGUAUGUAUAUCCAUAUGUUGUAUGUAAAUAUAAAAAAAACAUAAUGGUUAGUGGAAUGAAAAUGGUCUAUUUUAUAACAAGUAUGUAAUAUAAAGGAAGAGAACCUUUUUCUUUUUCGCCCUCAGAUGUAAAAAUUUAUACCUGGAACAUAAAAAUGAGGACUAGUUCCAGACUUGCAUACUCCAGUUGUGUGCUCACUCAGACAGAGCUUAGAGGAUGCAGUUUGUUUUUGCUCUGGAAGCUCCAUAUUCUGUUUUCAAUACAGCAUGACAGGAACAAGUGCAAGUGCCCCGAUUGCUUAGUUCUGCCUUUUUUUUUUUUUUUUUCUUUCUUUUUUUCACAUUCUGGGAACUUGGGAAUGGUGGUCCUGGGCAUUCACAUUGACAUUUCCUGCUCAGCACCUUGUUAAGAGCACUGUGAGCAUGGCUCAGUCCCUGUAGAUUUCUGUCCUGUCCAUCACGCAGAUGAGAAUCUCUCACCUGGAGCCGACAGUCCGCGGCGAGCACUAACAGGAGUUUGCUCAAGCACAGCAAGUCCUGCAGUGGCAUAGUCAAUGGCUAAGGGGUGAAAUAGAGUACAUCCUGUUGUAAAUAAUCUGAGACUGUGGUACGCCUUACAAAUACACAAAGGUGAUAGAUGCAUUAAAAUUUUCCUGAAUAAAUUCAGCUGUAGAACACAUGAUGUACAGAGCACAACCUUGCAGACUGCCACUCUUUCUUGUGAUUAUUUAUGAGAAAGCACUUUUUCCUCUCACACACACGUGUGCAGCACUGUAGUGGAGGGCAACUUCUGUGUUUGAUAUAAAGGCCAUGUCUUCAUUUGAUGAUCACAAUAGUUUGUCUGGCUUAUAAUUAAAUGUGUCAUGAGCACAGUCUGUGUGGUGAGAUACGUCAUCAGCCCAGCUUACUGGUAUGCUGUAGCCUACCUGUCAUGAAUGUAUUGCCGUGCAUUUCACGCUGUCCCGUUGAAGGGUUUCUUUAUGAAAAAUAAGUGAGUGA